AGUAAAGGCAAAUUGUUCUGUUUGCCACACAUAACUCACUUACUCACUACUAGUCACUAGUCGCUAGCUAGUUCUCUCUUUCUCUUAAAGGGCCUCAAAAGAAGCAUACUUUGAUGUUCUUUUUCCAUCACGCUCCAUAGAAAAUUCCAAGCUUUGUAGCUCUUUAUUCUCACCUUCUUUCCUUUCAAGUUUCCUUCAUAGUGAACGAAAGCAUUGCUAUUUGCUCCUUUUAUCUUACUGCUGCACUCUGGCUUUUUCUACUCAAGUUUCAUGGCUCUGUUGCUGCUGCUUCUGCUGAUGCACUUUCUUGUGCUCCCACUCUCUGUUUCUGCCGCAGGAGGAGGAGAUGCAUAUAUUGGAGUAAACAUUGGUACAGAUGUCUCUGAAAUGCCAAGUCCAAAAGAGAUUGUUGCCCUUCUUAAAGCUCAAGGUAUCCAACAUGUUAGACUCUAUGAUGCUGACCAAUCUUUGCUUCUUGCACUGGCCAACACAGGGAUCCGUGUGGCCGUUUCUGUUCCGAAUGACCAGCUACUUGGCAUUGGCCAGUCCAAUGCAACUGCAGCAAAAUGGGUUUCGCGGAAUGUAAUAGCUCAUGUCCCUGCUACCAACAUAACUUCCAUAGCUGUUGGUUCCGAGAUCCUAACAACUCUCCCAAAUGCAGCCCCGCUUAUAGUCUCGGCCUUAACAUUUAUUCACUCUGCUCUGGUGGCUGCUAAUCUUGAUCAGCAGAUAAAAGUGUCUACUCCACACUCUUCCUCUAUCAUCCUUGACUCUUUUCCACCUUCCCAAGCGUUUUUCAAUCGGACUUGGAAUCCAGUCAUGGUUCCCUUGCUUAAGUUUCUGCAAUCAACAGGUUCAUAUCUCAUGCUCAAUGUGUACCCGUAUUAUGAUUACCAGCAAUCCAAUGGUGUGAUCCCACUGGAUUAUGCAUUAUUCCGCCCCUUACCUCCAAAUAAGGAAGCUGUUGAUCCCAACACUCUCCUGCAUUAUACUAAUGUAUUCGAUGCAGUGGUUGAUGCUGCUUAUUUUGCAAUGUCUGAUUUGAACUUCACCAAUAUCCCUAUUGUGGUUACUGAAUCGGGAUGGCCCUCCAAAGGCGACUCGUCAUCUGAACCGGACGCAACUGUGGAUAAUGCCAACACUUACAAUAGCAACUUGAUCAGACAUGUACUUAACAAUACUGGGACUCCUAAACAUCCUGGAAUUGCAGUUAGUACAUAUAUUUAUGAGCUUUACAAUGAAGACCUAAGAACGGGUCCAACCUCUGAAAAGUACUGGGGGCUGUUUUAUGCUAAUGGAGAACCGGUGUAUACCUUACACUUGACUGGUGCCGGUACUAUAUUUGCAAAUGAUACAACAAAUCAGACAUUUUGUGUCACCAAGAGUAAUGCUGAUGCUAAGAUGCUACAGGCGGCGCUCGACUGGGCUUGUGGACCAGGGAAAGUUGAUUGUUCACCUCUGCUGCAAGGUCAACCAUGUUAUGAACCAGAUAAUGUAGUCUCACAUGCUACAUAUGCUUUCAAUGCAUAUUAUCAGAAGAUGGCUAAAUCUCCUGGGACUUGUGAUUUCAAAGGGGUUGCAAGCAUCACCACCACUGACCCAAGUCAUGGUUCUUGUAUAUUUCCUGGAAGUUUUGGUAAAAAAGGCUCCAAAAUAAAUGGCACAUUACUGGCCCCAUCCAACUCCACAAGUUCAGGUUGCUUGUCACAAUAUCACUACAAUGGUGGAUCUUUCACAAGCUCUGUGAUCUUAGUUGCUUUACUUUUGAAUGUAUUUGUCAUGUAAAACUAGCUACAUAUUAAUAUCAUUUAUGGAUAGAGAGCUCAGAAAGAGAGAGUAGAGACAUCAGACAUGCCCUUCAACUACCAAUUUUGUGUUUGGUUUUGUAGAAAAUUUAGAGUGGCCACGUUGAUCAAAUGUAUAUUGACAAUUACACCAUCACUUUUCAUUGAAUUUUUUGUACAAACACAACCAGACUAAUUAUUUGUCAUCAAUUACUGUAUCCUUAUAAGAUCUA